AACAAGGAUGGAAAGAGCGCCACAGACCGCAAGGUUGCGUGGGAGCGGAUUCGCCAGACGAUUCCGCGCGAGAAGACCGCCGAGGCGAAGCAGCGCCGCAUUGACCUCUUCAAGAAGUUCGACAAGAACGACACCGGCAAGCUGUCCUACGAUGAGGUGUACAACGGCUGCAUUGAGGUGCUGAAGUUGGACGAGUUCACCUCGCGAGUGCGCGACAUCACGAAGCGUGCGUUCAACAAGGCGAAGGACCUGGGCAGCAAGCUGGAGAACAAGGGUUCCGAGGACUUCGUUGAAUUCCUUGAGUUCCGCCUGAUGCUGUGCUACCUCUACGACUACUUCGAGCUGACGGUGAUGUUUGACGAGAUCGACACUUCCGGCAACAUGCUGAUUGACGAGAAGGAGUUCGAGAAGGCCGUGCCCAAGCUCGAGAAGUGGGGUGCGAAGAUCGAAGACCCC